GGCUCGAUUGACGGAGCCGUUUUUAUUGAGAAAUUAAAAAUUAAAAAUUCGUGAGCCAGAAAAAGAACACCCAGAACAUGGUUUAGUAUCUUUAGGUUUGAGCUGGCAUAAACACGCACCGAGAUUCGCUCGGGCGUAGAUAAAAAAAAAAACAAAACACAGAAAAAUGAAAUUUAGAAUAGUAAUAAUACUGGGAAGUUGCCUGAUUUACCAGGUGAUGGCCAACCUGGGAAGUCUAUCCAAGCAUCAGAGGAGUAAAAGAGCUCCCAUACCGUGGCUUAUAUUCCCAACCACAUCACCCACACGUGUUAUGUUCAUUGGCGGCAUAGGUAUUCCACUGGAGGACCUCAACUACGAAGCAGUGACCACAGGAUAUGUCUUGAAAGUGGAGUAUUGGCUGCCCAUCACUCCAGAUGAUCUCAGGACUCCCACAUCUAUGCCCCUGAAUCAAGUGGCCACACCUGGAAUCACAGGAGCCAGAAAGCGAAACAAACCCAUGUUUGAGAAUUUCCUGGUUGGAGUGGAUGAGCUGGGAAAAAGCACCAGGAAGCUGCUGACCAGAACCAACAAGGUUUUGAGCAGCUAUCGAUGGACAGUCUACAAGGGACUGGAGGGAUUGGCCGAUCGAUUGGGUUACCAGGGAAGGAUUUGUGUUCUAAAGAGCAUCUGCGAGGCGGCUGAAGAACCCUUUCACUACACAAAUGGGUUGUUUGCAGACCUUUUGCAUAUACUACUAACACCCUCCUCUUCAGUGGACAAAUUGUCAGAACAUGCUGACAAUGAGUAUUACUAUGCCGAAAAGGUGGGACAAUCAGGUGCUGGUUGUGAUCGAGUCUUCAAGGAGUGUCGACUAAGUCUACUGCAACACUUUAGCCAGCUCCAUCACAAUCUGGAUAAGAUAUUGUUUUAAGGGA